ACUAUUGUAUUGUGAUAAGCAAUAAAGAUGUAGCCCAUCCCCUUGAAAUGUGGUGCGCAGGGCUGUUCUGUUCGUUUGCAUUGUGAUAAGAUAUCCAGCUUAUAUCACUAGCAGCAGGAUAACGGUGCUGUACAAAUAACCGAUACAUUUCUCAUCUGUGUUAAACGAAUGGAUUACUUUAAAUACACGGUGUCAUGAAUGAGUAACGUGUAAGUGUUUGUGUUAAGCCGUUUAAAAAGAUCCUUAACGAUGGAAGCCGAGAGACAAAGGCGCAUAUGGGAGUACUGGUGGAUUGCUUUGUGUUUUUCUUCGAUGCUGAGUUUCGGGCAGCGUGUUUCAUCCCAAAUAAGAUACUCUGUUCCAGAGGAGGUUAACGAGGGAUAUGUCGUGGGAAAUAUUGCUAAGGAUCUAGGUCUUGAUGCGAAUAAUUUGGUGAACAGACGGUUCCGUAUUGUCUCUGGAUCUACAGAUGCCUUUUUUCAGGUAAAUCAAAACAAUGGCGAAUUGUAUGUUAGUAAGAAAAUCGACAGAGAAGCCUCGUGCGACGGAAAUAGCGUUUGUUUGAUAAAUUUAAAAAUCGCCGUUGAAGAUCCACUUGAAAUACAUUAUGGUGCAGUGGAAAUUACAGAUGUGAAUGACCACAGUCCUCGCUUCCCCGAAAAAGAGCAACAUUUUGAAAUGGCUGAAAACACAGUCGCAGGUGCACGUUUUGAACUCCAAACUGCAAGAGAUGAUGACAUUGGAAGUAAUUCUAUCCGGUCUUAUAAACUCGGAAAGAACAAUUAUUUUGAUUUAGAAAUGAGAGAUGGUGACGAAGAGGAAAAAAAUCCAAUCUUGGUUUUACUUAAGCCGUUAGACAGAGAGCAAAAUUCAGAACACAGACUCGUGUUGACCGCUGUGGAUGGAGGCAACCCCCCGAAAUCAGGCACUUUAAAUAUUAAUAUUACUGUUCUUGAUAUAAAUGACAACCGCCCGGUAUGUAGUAAAGAUUUAUAUUCAAUUACCCUUCCAGAAAACAUCCAAAUAGGCACAGUUAUAGCACAAGUUAACGCUACUGAUUCUGAUGAAGGUUUAAAUGGGGAGGUUAUGUACACACUUGGUAAAACUAGUAGACGAAAAGUGCAUGAAACAUUUAGCCUUGAUAGUGCCACUGGUGAAAUUCAAAUCAAAGAACCAAUUGAUUUUGAGGAGAAUGAGGUACACAGAUUGACAGUCCAGGCCACAGAUAAGGGCCAACCACCGAUGACCACUGACUGCAGAGUCAUUAUAAAAAUCACAGACGAGAACGACAAUAAUCCCGAGAUAGACGUGACUUCACUUUCCAACGUAAUUUCUGAGGAUUCAAAACCCGGCACUGUAAUUUCGCUGAUCAGUGUGACAGAUAAAGACUCUGGUGUUAACGGUAAAUUUAUAUGUAGUAUUGCAGACAAUGUUCCUUUUGAGUUAAAACCAUCAGUUCAAGAAAAUAUGUAUUCUUUAGUAACUAAAGAGCGCUUGGACAGGGAACUUGUCUCAGAUUAUAAAAUCACAAUUAAAGCUAUUGAUUUAGGUCAGCCGCCUCUUUCUUCCUAUAAAACCAUUACAAUACAGGUGGCUGAUGUUAAUGAUAACAAACCAGAGUUUAUCAGAAGUCCCUUUGAGCUCUAUUUAGUGGAAAAUAAUACACCAGGUGCGUCAGUUUUCUCUGUGGGUGCGUCAGACAAAGAUCUUAAUGAAAACGCAAUUAUUACAUACAAUAUAAUAAGAGGCGAUCAGACACAAACUGAUAUGGCUUCGUUCCUUAAUAUAAACCCUGAAACGGGCGUAAUUUCUGCACUUAAACGUUUUGACUUUGAAACUGUUAAAACGUUUCAGUUCUACGUGCUCGCUACAGACUCUGGAUCUCCAUCUCUGAGCAGUAAUGUGACAGUGAACGUGUUUAUUCUGGAUCAGAACGACAAUGUUCCAGUGAUCUUAUAUCCAGUGAGUGCUAAUGGUUCUGCUGAGGGUGUGGAGGAGAUUCCCCGCAAUGCGAACGCAGGUCAUUUGGUGACUAAAAUCAGAGCAUAUGACGCAGAUAUAGGAUACAACGGCUGGUUGUUAUUUUCACUGCAGGAAGUUAGUGAUCACAGUCUGUUUGGUUUGGACCGCUAUACAGGACAGAUAAGAACCCUUCGCUCAUUCACAGAAACAGACGAGGCCCAUCAUAAACUGGUCAUACUGGUGAAAGACAAUGGGAACGUUUCUCUCUCAGCAACAGCGACUGUGAUUGUGAAAGUUGUGGAGCCUAAAGAGGCUUUUGCAGCUUCUGAUGUUACAAACGCAGUAAAAGACGAGGAGGAAAACAACGUGACGUUUUAUUUGAUCAUCACAUUGGGCUCUGUGUCAGUGCUUUUUAUCAUCAGUAUCAUCGUGUUGAUUGUAAUGCAGUGCUCGAAAUCUUCAGACUAUUCGUCCAAGUAUUUACAAGAUGUGAAUUACGACGGGACUCUGUGUCACAGCAUUCAGUACAGAUCUGGAGACAAACGGUACAUGCUAGUUGGACCCAGAAUGAGUGUCGGUUCUACUUUAGCACCUCACAGUAAUAGGAAUACUCUAGUGAUACCAGAUCGCAGGAGGAGAGAUUCUGGAGAGGUAAGAUACAGGUUUUGA